AUGAGCAGUGACCCAGCCAGCGAUGCAGCGGAAGAAAAACAAAUUGCCGAUCUCGUGCUUGGAACGGACGACGUCGGUGUUGUUCAUGAGGAGCAUCAUAAUUAUCGGCAUCGGCGUGAUCGCGAAUGCAACAAAGUAGAACCACCAACGGAAUCUGUCGGAGAAACACCGCCACGGCGCUCCUCACUGCAGACAUCAGCCGUUCCACGACCAUCAGUGACUGAACUCGUCUUCACAGAGGCUGCCACAUUUAACGAUGUAUUUGGGUUCUUGGGAGCGCCUAUGAUUAUCGUGUUUGUGCUUUCGGCUGUCUGGACGUUCACGCUAGCCUACAUCCAAGUGCAUCCCACCGAGAUGGCCAACUCAAUCAUGAAUACGACACACUUCGACAACGGCGAGUUCUGGCAGCUCCCUCGUCCAGACGAAUCAAUUGUGAUUUCGUCCGCAGUCAUGCUCUCGCUAUUUGGAAUCGGCUACACGGGGCUAGUGGUGCUGAUGGUUUUCUUUUAUCGCGCUUUCAAUGUCAAGAAGUCAGGCUCAGAAGAACGAUACCCAGUCAAUGGGAGGAACACCUUCGCCAGCGUCGGCGAAAUCGCCGUUGGAGUUGAAGAAGCUGGUGCGAAAAGGAGCACAUUGGAUACAUUAAUCGCGUGGAUGAGACACAAGUGCAACAUUCCGAAAGAUAUCCGCGACCACUACUAUACUGCGGUGCUGGAUCUUCCCAAGUUGAUCUUCCAGACAACAACACUCUUCACGUACCUCAGUUUGGGAUUUCCGAUCCCCGUUGCUUACUUGUACUCCAUUCUUCUUCUAUGCAACUGGUUCGUGGCCUGCUACCGGUCCCAGCGUUACGUGGUGGACCCCAAUUUGAUUAUCGCUCGGCUUUACUACACCUACGACCUCUUCUUUGCCGUGUUCGCACCGCUGGUGGUGCUAGUGUAUUUCAUCCUGACAUUUCAAUUCAACCGCGCCGAGUUCGCGACCAAGAUGGAGACAAUCCAGGGCGGAUCCUUCGACACCGUCGCUCGGCUCUUCGGAGACCCAUCACAGAUCUCGAGUUUCUGCAAUGCGUUCCACUACUUGCAGUUCUCGUCGGGGUCGUCGCUGUUCUUCAAGUCUGCGCUCAACUUGAUAUCGCUGUACAAAUGGCGCAAGAUCAUCAUGACGCUGAUCCACAACCACCACGAGCGCCGAGUCGAGCGAGAGCGCAAGGCGCAGGUGCAGCCGCUACCAGACGAGAGCAAGCCGCGAGGACGAGCGCAAAGCAUCAAAGCUGUUGUGGUCAAGAAGCUCGAGGCGUCAACGUGGAAGCCAAAAAUGGGGAGGCAUUUCGCCGCGAAGGUCCUGUUGGCGUUGAUCUUUUUCGUCACGGGCUCUGCGAUUUUCGUGUAUUCGAUUGGAUCGGUGCAAUCGAGUAAAGCUGUGUGCAGCAAGUUCGACAAGUGCGUUGUGGCAAGCCAUCGGUGGAAUUAUGGCGCAGAUCACUGUCCGUGCCUGGUAUUCGCCGACCGACAAACUGCGCCUCGUACAUUUGCAGAGUGGACAGAUCCUGUCGAUAUUAGCUCGAAUCUUGCCGAGUUAGCCUACGCGGGCGAGUUGCGUAUCGUCCAGAUCAUCAACCGCGCCGUACCAGAACUACCAGAGGAGCUACGAAAAUGCCAUAAUCUUGAGCAGCUGAUUUUGAUCUACACGAAGACGUUGCGACUUCCCGAGUGGAUGUCGGAGCUAUCCGAGCUGGAGUAUCUUCAUUUCGAGGGCGACUACACCAGCAAGAGACUGCAAGUGGUGCCCGCAGGGAUCUUCGACCACAUGCCGCACCUGACUUUCAUCCACUUUGGCGGCAUCCCGGACGUGGAGGAGCUCCCGUCUUUCUCUUCGCUCAAAAACCUUCGGUAUCUGGCGCUGGCCAUUCUGAACUCGCUCAAAGAGAUGCCGAGCUUUGAAGGCCUCUCGAAGCUGGCGGAUUUGAACAUCGUGGAAGCGACGCGGAUCAAGACGCUUGCGUCGCUGACCCCUCUCGUGAGUCUGAAAUCGCUCGGGAUCCGCUAUCGAACGGGAGUAUGCUGCAAUGGGUUUAUCACGGGAACGUGUGACACCACCUCGUUCCAGUGCUUGCCCAAAGCUGGCGAGCCGUACCCCAUGACGUGCGUGAGCGAGCGGGUGUCCGACGCGGACAAAGCGAUCCUGGACCAAUACGACGCGACGGCGAUCUGCCCGAACGGGUUUCCGUACGACUUGGAGGCAGCCGCUCCGACCAAGUACACGUCGGACGACCUGUGCGGCAGUACGCUGUACAAGGAGUGCUAUUUGAACGGGGUGCAGGGCAUCUGCUACAACACGCGUAUGAUGGUGAUUAGCUGCGUGACGCAAGCAGCCUACAUCACGAUGCGCCAGCUUCAGAUCGAGCGCAAGGUUGGGGAUGCUUGCGACGUGACAGUGGAGGCAUGGCUCGGUUGCAAUUAA